AUGGCAGAAACUGAUAUUGCCUCCGGCGUCCCAGUUCCUGAAAAGGCAUUGCGGGACCUGGCGAAGAAUGUGUCCAGAAACCUGCCGAACUUUUCAGAGCAAGAGCCAGCCGUUGGUGUGAAAGGGCUGCGCGACAUUAUCACCCCCGUACUGGAAACUGCAGAUCUGCCAGAUCUAGGCCCUGGUCAUCGAGCGGCUGCAUCUAAUGCACUGUGUGCGAUCAUCGAGUUCUGCCAAGUCUCCAACACUGAAUAUGCCCGCAGUGCUCUUUUGGAAGACUUCAUAUGGCUCCGGCUCUUCGAAAUAUAUCUGCAAAGGUCCGAUGAUGCCAAAGGAAAAUCUAUGAGGCAGAUGCUUCUAGUUCUUACAAGUGUUAUUACGAAAGAUCAAAGCCAACGUGCAUUAGAGCUUCGAAACCAGGCCACAACUACCUUUCUGGACAUCAUCUGCCAACGACAAGACCGUGUCAAAGUCAAGCCAGCCUUACAGGGCUUGGCACAUUUCCUGUUAAGAGAUGUUGCCUCGAUCUCCCAGCUAAUCGAGAUAUAUGAGCAAUUGCUGGAGCAAUCUUCAAGUGGGCUCGGAAAGACUGCAUCCUCUUCGACUUUGUUUGAGGCUUUCCUCGCAUGGAUUGUUCAUCACGACACUUCGCUCUCCGCUGGAAAUUUGGUGAAGAAUUUUCUUAUCCAAGCCCGGCGCCUACCUGAUGAUAGUACUCUCACGGACGACGAUAAUAUUUCCCCUUUCUGGAUCGAACCAGUAGUUCGAACAUUACAUUACUGGCCGGAUCGUGUACAGGAGUUCAAGACGCAUGUCUUUCCGCAUUGCUUCCUUCCGAACAUCGAUGAAUAUAUGCGAUUCCUCUCUUAUCUACACUUUGGUUUGCAUGUGCAGCCGAAAGGUGCACUGUGUGAUCAGCUGCGGGUCUACGAAUCCCAUGAAAAUGGACUGGAUGAAUCUGAAGAAUUCAGGAUCCUACUGGCAGCCAUACAAGCCGGAAAAGAGUUGACUAUCAUCCGAGAUAGCGACCAUCGCAUUUGCGAUACUAUUGAUGUUCGAGAUGGUGCUAUCUACUUGCCCAACGAAAUCUUUGGUGGGUGGAUGUCACAUCACAAACCUGAAGUCAGACUUGCUGGGAUGUUCCUUUCCGUGUACUCUACGGCGACAACAAAACCUGUACCGCGGGGAGUUUUCAAAUCGUUGAAGCGCAAUCUCAUCCAUCUACAUACAGAGACUGAUGCCAACUUCCGCCGAGAAGUGCAUGGCUAUACCCAAAAACUCUUCGACCGACUGAGGGCCAGUACAGCCAUGCUCUCAAAGGGGAAGUCCAAGAGUGGAGCCACGAUGAACAACCGGCUUCCUCUUCCCAGAGAGUGCUUCAGGCAGAACACAUCGCUUUCGAAGUACUCGUCGCAAGAUCCGCUGAUCGAGUCCCUGACUUUCGUUGUGUGGUACAUACGCUUCUUGGAGUGGGAGCUGCGCCCAACUGCAUCCUACCAAAGACGCAUAACAGCGCUACGGUCACUGACUAUCGUUCUUCGGUCUGGAAUAGAUCCUGGCGUGCCGCAUUCCCACCUGUCCAAGUCGGCGCAGGGACAGUUAACUUGGGCCCAUGGUCUUCAAACUUCCAACGACAGAUUGGUCCGAGUUCUAUUGGAUCUCAUCUUGGACCCCUUCGACGACGUCAGAGACGCAGCCGUCUCAAUACUGCAGAUGUGCUUAGAAGCGUUGCCGGACACGCAAAAGAACGCUGUGAUGGCGACACUGCCUCGCUUUCUUUCUCGUGCAGAAACCGUAAUGCUCCGUACAGGACGGGCUGACCAAGCAGAUGGCGUUGCUCGAGCCUACUCGUUGAUCUUCUCGCUAGCCACAGACAGCUCUGCCGACUCAAGCGACUCGCCCUUUUCGUCCAAACUUGGGGUGUUCAAAUAUUUGAAGACACAGUUGGAUCAAACUCUUGAUAUAGCCCACAAGAAUCUGUCAGAGGCUGUGGACGGACGUCCAGUUCAUGGGACGUUCGCUGCGUUGAGGUAUAUCGUCGAUCAGGACCAAUUCUACUCGGCUUUGUCAGGCAUGCCGAUCGAAACCUUUGGCAAAUGGAAGCAAUUCCAUGACGACAUAGUGGGAAGCUUUGAGUCACUCUGGCUAUGUAUCCAUCAUGUUUUAUGUGCUGAUGCGCCAGAGGGACAUGUACCUGAAGAGAUGGAAGAGGAGGCCAGCCUUGACACGAAGGAAAUCUUGAGUUACUCGUGGAGAGGUUUGAAAGAAGCUAGCGUCUUACUUCGGACCGUGAUCUCGAAGGCGCCAAUUGGCAACGAUGAUCGCGCGCUCAUCACUCCCGAGUACUUUGACAAGCUAGGCCGAUUGUGUUUUACGCAACUCCUAGAACUCCGCCAUCGCGGUGCGUUCUCGACUGUGGCCCAAACCUUUGCAGUGUUUUGCCGUCGUUGCGCAACAUCCAACAUCGCUUCGCUUCGAGCCCUGCCGGACACUUGGUAUCGGGAAACCCUUCGCUCAAUGCAUGACAAAGCAGGAGCAAUCACUCGGAGAUCUGCAGGUAUCCCAGCACUUAUGUCAGGUAUCAUUGCUGCGGAACCACCGUCGGGGGGCAAGUUCCUCCAACGUGCGAUGAAAGAUCUCAUCGCCGAAGCAUCUGCCGAAGCACAAAAUGAGAAUAUCGAAGAGAGUCGUCUACCUCAAGUGCAUGCAUUGAAUUGCAUCAAGGAAAUCUUCACUACUUCUCGGCUCAGCGUGGCUUCGGAGGCGUAUAUUGGACAGGGCCUUGAGCUGGCCUCGAAGACACUAAAUUCAAAUAUAUGGCCAAUCCGCAAUUGCAGUCUCAUGCUAUUUAAAGCCUUGAUUGAGAGGCUGCUAGGCAGCGAUGAAGCACAGGACUGGAAAGAACGCGACCGGGCAAAGACUUCGCGAUUCUCAUACGACAACUACCCCAGCCUAGUUGGGAUUCUCACCGACCUUCUUGAUCCAAAUGGACCGCUGAAGAAAUCGAUCGAGGGCACAAGUGAAAGUAGCUCACCUUUUGACCUCCACGGAGCCGAAGGAGUGUUUCCUGCACUUCAAAUUUUGCGACAAGCCCGGCCUCCGGACGCGGACCUUGGCCCUAUUCUGAAAUCAGUCGAGAAACUGCUUGCGAGUCCGCACUGGCACCUCCGCGAUAUGGCUGCGCGGACGGUGGUGUCACUGCGCUCCUCGCAUCAACUGCGGGAUGCUGCUUUCUCAAUGUUGGACACGGUACCCAGCUCGACUAAUACGCAACAUGGCGUGUUGCUAGCUGUCAAAUACAUGCUUAGGAAGCUGAUGCAUAGCCUCGCAAAUCUUGAUGUACAGACAAUCGAAGAUUUGAUGGCAGACCUUACCGUCGCUGCUGGGAGGUGGUACGUCGCAAGUAAUUGCCCUUUCAUCAGGUCCGCUUUUCUUGACAUCGUGAGCCUGUGUGGUAUGUCUGUUCUGCAACGACAAGAACAUGAUUCAACAUUGAACGCAUGGAGUACUCUCACCGCGGCGGUCUCGAUAGGACCAGAGUACGCUUUAGGCGUCAGCAAGGGUGAGGAUGGAGCUUUACUCCGAGGCUCACUGGCACAGUUAUUCUUCAUCGAUCGCACAAUACUCCGAAACGACACUCUCUCCCUUAUGGUAUCCGACGAGUACCAAAGCAUCGGCGACGCCCUCGCACUGCUCGCGGCCGAGGAUCCGGACACAUGCUGCACCGCGCUCGACACACUCGCCACCAUCAUCCAGCUAAAAGCCUCCAACAGUCCAGUCCUACCCAUCUCGUUAAUCCUGUCACACAUCCACCACCUCGUCCUCUCCGCCACAGACGCCGAAGUCCUCUCCGCAGCCCAAGCCGUCCUCGCAGACGCACUGACAAACCCCUACUUACAACCCGCCUUCUUCAGCCUAACCACCCAGUCGCAAAUCCUAUCCACCCUCACAACCCUCGAAACCCAAUACCUCGCCGCCCCACCCUCAAACACGCAAUCCGCCCUACACCUACAAGCCUUCUUCCUCGACCGUGCCUUCUCCACACACCCCACCUCGCGCCGCCCCAUCCUGGGCAUAAUCGCGCGCUACAUCCGCAUCCUCCGCACAACCAUAACAGAUACAACACCCUUCCCCACGCGCUUCGCAGCCGCCCAAUCCCUCGCCGCACUAACCCACACUUGGACACUGAGCCCAACCUCAAAAGCAACAAGCCCCUUACUCCUCGCGCUAUCCCUACUCCUACUCGACCUGCUCCAUGACGAUGAUGACGAGAUCCGCGACGUGGCUGCCCUUGCAGCUGGGACGCUUCUGCGCGCCCACGUAAAUGUAGACGUGGAAAACGCACCCCCCCUCCUGACCGCACACCGUCUAGCGUCUUUCCUCACCACCGCCUUCCCCGCCUCAAAAGAUCUACAAAAAGAAGCACUCCGCCGCCUCACAGCCACAAACCCGUUGUUCACCCCACGCUUCGCUGAAGUCCUGGCAAGGGAGCGUAAAACAGAUACCGCCCUCUUCGCAACGGAGAAACAGAACCUCUUCACGGACGACGCGCUGAUUGCUAGCCUGUGGGGUCGCGUCGCGUCUUGUAUGCCGGCAUGUGCGACGCAGGAGCUGCGCGCGUGGACACUCGAUGCUCUCGCUGUUUUGCAGCGCACUGCUAGGACGGAGGAAGAUGGCGCGUUGGGAUGGUGCGGGAAGAGCGAGGUGUUUGCGUUGGUUUUGCGGGUUUUGGGCGCGGGGGGAGUUUUACUUCGUUCCGGGGAGAAGGAGAGGGAGGGGGUGAUGAGGGGGUUGGGAGUGUUUGCGGAUGUGGGGGAGAGGGGGGGUGUGCAUGGGUUGGUGCUUGAGCGGGUUGGGGGGAUGGUUGAGGGGGAGGUGGUAAGGGGGUUGAGGGGGGUUUAUGGCGGGAUGAGGGGGAGCGGGUUGCUUUGA